GGGCAACGGCAAUCACCAACCCGCUACUCAAAAUUCCCCAUCAUCCUCACCUUUCCUACCCACACCACCGUCCUCCAUCAGUUCAUCCUCCAGUCCAGGAGAGUCCAGCACCAGCGCACGAGCUCACGUUGAGAGCGAAAUUCCCACAAGGAAAGGGAAAUUCCCACAGAAAGCAAGCACGGAAGUCGUUGAAAGCAGCGCCAAUCUCCCUCAAAUCAAAAGAGGGACGCAAUCCCCAGCGGACAGAUACCACCAGGAGAAGUUGGAGGAGAAAAGCUCGCUCCCAAAUCCCAAUGGGGACUAGGAGCAGAGGAGGGAGAAGCAGCGGCUUGCUCCUACUCUGCCUCCAUUCGUCCCUGCUCUGCUCGGUGUCGGCGGCGGGCGGGGGCGGCUCCGGCGCCCCGUACGUGGGCGUGACGAUCGGCACGGCGGUGACCAACCUGCUGUCCCCGUCGGACCUCGCCGAGUUCCUCCGCGCGGAGCGCAUCACCCACGUGCGCCUCUACGACGCCGACCCGCGCCUGCUCUCGGCGCUCGCCUCCUCGGGCGCCACCGCCAUCGUCGGCGUGCCCAACGACGAGCUCCUCGCGCUCGGCUCCUCCCCGGCCACCGCCUCCGCCUGGGUGGCCCGCCGCGUGCUCCCCUUCGCGGCCGCCAGCUCCAAAAACCCGGGCCUCAUCUCCGCCAUCGCCGUCGGGGACGAGGUCCCCACCGCGCUGCCCUCCGCGCUCCCGGUCCUCCUCCCGGCCAUCCAGUCCCUCGCGGCCGCGCUGGCCGCCGCCAACCUCUCCUCCAUCCCGGUCUCCACCCCGCUCCCCUUCUCCAUCGUGCUCGACCCAUUCCCCCCGUCCCAGGCCUACUUCAACCAGUCCCUCGCCAAGUCCUUCCUCGUCCCGCUCCUCGCCCACCUCGCCAACACCUCCGCGCCGCUCAUGCUCAACCUCUACCCCUACUACGCGCUGAUGCAGAGCGGCGGGGUCGUCCCCGUCGACAACGCCAUGUUCAAGCCGCUGCCGCCGUCGCUCGAGAUGGUCGACCCCAACACGCUGCUCCACUACACCAACGUCUUCGACGCCAUGCUCGACGCCGUCUACGUCGCCGUCAGGAACCUCAACGCCACCGCCGGCGGCGGGGUGCCGGUGCUGGUCACCGAGACCGGAUGGCCCUCCUACGGGGACCGCAAGCAGGAGCCCUACGCCAGCAGGGACAACGCCAACACCUACAACUCCAACCUCAUCAAGCACGUCGCCACCGACAAGCCCGGCACGCCCAUGCGCCCCGGCGCGCAGGCGCAGGCCAGCGUCUACAUCUACGAGCUCUUCAACGAGGACCUCCGCCCGGGCCCCGUGUCGGAGGCCAACUUUGGACUCUUCCACGGCAACGGCACGCCCGUGUACCUGCUCCACGCGAACGGGACCGACGGCUUCCUGGGCAACGACACCACGGACCGCACAUUCUGCAUCGCGGCGGACGACGCCGACGAGAAGGCCGUGCAGGCGGCCAUGGACUGGGCGUGCGGCCCCGGCCGGUCAGACUGCACGGCGAUACAGCCCGGGGAAGGCUGCUUCCAGCCCAACGACGUGAGGAGCCACGCGUCAUUCGCGUUCAACACCUACUACCAGUCGCAGGGCAAGGCAGGAGGAUCCUGCUACUUCCAGGGCGCCGGCAUGGUCACCACCACCGAUCCAAGUCAUGACAGCUGCAUAUUUCUUGGAAGUAAGUUGGAUAGCAAUGUCACAAAAUCUGACGGUGCAAACUCAACCACGCCGCAGACGAGUGAUGCUAAAGGAUCUACUAUAUGGAGACUGAGAACAGGAAGAGGGAAUGGGUUCUUGUUGAUACCCAGGUUGCUGUUGAGCGGGAUGGUGGCUGUUAUCAUGACAAAUUCAAACUUUUGGACAUAACAGGAACAUGUUAGCUGUAACAGACGCUAAUUUUUUUUUGGAACAGAUGGUUAGAAGAAAGGCCGGUUGUUGGCAUGUCUAGUAAUUCUUUAUUGUUAGAUAAGCAUGAAUAAAUUAUUCUUCACUCUUCGAAAUGUAUGAUAUUAUGCUACAAAUUCUGAAGACGUGC